CUGAUUUCCGGCGGGGCCUUGGGUACACGGUACUACACCUUACCCGGCUCUGGGGCUUGGGCUCCUUCCCCGUCCUGGGGAGGGGGGGCGGAAGAAGUGAAUGGGAAUCAUGUCAGAUCCUUCUGCGGCGAGUAAUGGAGAUCAGAAUACUGAUGUGAAAACAGAGAGUAAUUCUCUUUCUUCAGGGGUUGCUGACCAUGUCAAGGAGCUUGCAAACAAUGCUUAUCAGGCUUACACUUCCGGACAGUUUGACGCUUGUCUGCAAUAUCUGGGUCAUCUGCAAGAGCUGAACAAAGAUGAUUACAAAAUAUCUCUGAAUAAAGCGGUGGCAGAGUUCUACAAAAAUGGACAGACUUUGACAGAUACCUUAAGGCAGACUCUCAACCUGUUGAAAAAUCAGGUCCAUUCCACAGUUGAAGAAAUGGAUGGACUGGAUGAUGUUGAGAACAGUAUGCUUUAUUACAAUCAAGCAAUCAUUCUUUACCAUCUCCGCCAGUACACUGAAGCUAUAUCAAUUGGAGAAAAACUCUACCAAUUCAUAGAGCCUUUUGCAGAAGAGAAAUUUGCCCAGGCUUUGUGUUUCUUGCUUGUUGAUCUUUAUCUAUUGACGUACCAGCCUGAGAAAGCUUUGCUGCUGCUUGCUGUUCUGGAGAAAAUGAUUUCACAAGGAAACAAUAAAAAUGGCAAGCCCAGUGAGGCUUAUAAGGAUGUCUCUAAUCAGAAGGUUGAUGCUGGAGUUAUGGUGGAAGCGACUAAAUCCAAAAUUCAUCAGUGUAAAGUUAGAGCCUAUGUCCAGAUGAAAUCUUUAAAAGCCUGUAAACGGGAAAUCAAAUCUGUUAUGAAUACAGCUGGAAAUUCUGCUCCCUCCCUAUUUCUCAAGAGCAAUUUUGAGUAUUUAAGGGGGAAUUAUCGAAAAGCAGUGAAGCUGUUGAACAGUGCAAAUAUUACAGAUCAUCCUGGAUUCCUAAGCACAGGUGAAUGUAUUAGAUGCAUGUUCUGGAAUAACCUUGGGUGCAUCCACUUUGCAAUGGGGAAGCACAAUCUUGGAAUUUUCUACUUUAAAAAGGCUUUGCAGGAGAAUGAUGCUGCUUGUGUGCAAUUAGCAGGAAUGAGCACGGACCAAGGAAAGAAGUUUUCAGGCAGACCUAUGAGUACACUGCUCACAAACAAGCGAUACGAACUGUUACAUAACUGUGGAAUCCAGCUUUUGCACAUAGGUAGGCCCCUGGCAGCAUUUGAGUGUCUGAUGGAGGCAGUUCAAGUCUACCACUCCAAUCCACGACUUUGGUUAAGGCUGGCAGAGUGCUGCAUUGCUGCCAACAAGGGGACAGCAGAGCAAGAGACCAGAGGACUGCCCAGCAAGAAAGGAAUUGUACAGUCAAUUCUGGGGCAAGGUUAUCACCAAAAGAUAGUCUUGGCCUCACAGUCCAUGCAGAACACUGUUUAUAACGACGGGCAGUCUUCGGCCAUUCCUGUUGCUAGCAUGGAGUUUGCAGCUAUCUGCUUAAGAAAUGCCUUGCUGCUGCUCCCUGAAGAUCAACAGGAGACCAAGAAAGAUAAUGGUUUAAGAAAUUUCAAUCAAUCAGGCAGUGGUGAAACUAGCAAUGAAAAUACUGAGGCCUGCAGUGGUAAGCCUCAUGAAGGAGAUAAGUUCUUAGUUCCAGGUCCACCAUCUUCUCCUUUAAGGAAGGAGGAAUUGGAUAAUCUGAGAUGUUCUAUCCUGGCUGGCAGUGCAUAUGUUGCCCUUGCACUUGGUGACAACCUUAUGGCCUUAAAUCAUGCAGAGAAUCUUCUGCAGCAGACUAAACUAUCUGGGUCUCUAAAGUUUCUGGGUCACUUGUACGCAGCAGAGUCACUCAUCUCUCUGGAUAGGAUCUCUGAUGCCAUCACUCACUUGAACCCUGAAAAUGUCACUGAUGUGUUUCUGGGAGUUUCAUCAAAUGAACAAGAUCAAGGAUCAGACAGAGGGGAAAAUGAACAGAUGGAGAACUCUGGCAAACAGAUUCUGCAGUGUUACCCUAAUUCGGUUUCAUCUGCUUGUGCAAUGAUGCUUUUCAACCUGGGCAGUGCAUAUUGCCUACGUAGUGAAUAUGACAAGGCACGCAAAUGUCUUCACCAGGCUGCUUCAAUGGUUAAUCCCAAAGAGAUCCCUCCAGAAGGUAUCCUACUGGCUGUAUACCUUGAAUUGCAGAAUGGUAACACGCAGUUGGCACUACAAAUCAUCAAGAGGAAUCAGCUGUUGCCCUCACUGAAAGCCCUGUCGUCUGAUAUAAAAAAGAAGUCAGUGUUUCAGUCCAUUCAGACAGUUCAGCCACCACCAUUCAACACCGUCCAAAGGAAAUGAGACUUCAACACCAGUCGCUGUUGUGCGUUUUCCUCCAGGUGUUUUACAACUGCGAAACAGAGUCGGAAAUGUUGGAAGGGGUAACAUCCCUUAUUCUGAGUGCCAACAGCUCGCUGGGGCAGAAAUGCAGAUUCUUCAGUCAAUACUUUGAUAAAGAUGUGGAAAACUUUUUGUUUUAGAUUUGGACCUCAAAAGUGUCCUGGCAGUGGAACAAGGAUAAAUUCAUAACGUUUCUGGAAUUUGUAGGUUUGUUGAGUUUUUCUAAACGUUUUCUGGGUAAUAAUUUGUAAUUGCAGUAUUUAUAGCUGUUUUAGGUUUGUUCCCUGUUAAUAUUUCCAGCUAUUAAAUUGGUGUAAUGAUUACACUGUAUGUUAACAAAAAACCAUUUUUUAUAUUGCCCCUUUAGUAACCCGCCAAUACUGUGUAUGUUACUGAACACUUAUGUAUGUUAUCCUUUAGUCAAGCUGCCUUGGAGAUAAUUGGUUGAGCUUUUGUUCCAGGAGAACAAGUGAAAGAUUGAUAAAUUAUACUUCGCAAUAUUUGUCCCUUGAGGUGGGAUUUACAAGUCCCCUUGGUUCACCUUUUAAGUGCUGGCAAUGCCACUGCCCUAGCUAAGGUGGGGAUGAGGAGGAUAGACAGCUGGAGAGUCUGAACCAAAUAAAAUGCCCAGGGAUAUGAUUUCUUCUAAAUGACUAUUGUCAAUCAUUUAUGGGAGUAUCUCUUAACUGGUUAACUGUGCUCACUACCUUUUGUAAAUAGUCUUUACCAAGGUUUUUGGGGGCAAUCUAUUUUUUUUGGAGAUACUUAUUCUGUGUAAAAACUACAGGCCUAACAAAAGAUAUUAAAAGUUGAAUUAUACAAAGUAAAUAAAAAACAUUGUGAGUUUUAUACUGUAAUUUUAAUUAGGGAAGGUCCAAAUUGGAUGCAUUCUCUGCAGUGCGAUCUCACUUUACCAAGAGGUAGCCAACCAAAACUGAUUUGCCAAAGGGCUUUGUAAAUGUAGUGAUCCACUCUGGAUGCAUGACAUUGCUGCUAAAGAGAGCAGUGCCCAGAAUUGCCCACCAUGCUGGGUGGACCCUGCAACCACAGUAUAUUGCUGUUAUUGUAACAUCCCUGAUUAAUAUUAGACGACUAUCAAGCUAUCGACUAUAAUUAUCGAUUCUCCUCCACCCAGUAAACAGGCCACUGUCUGGGUUAGUGCACGAAUGUGAGAUUCCAAUGUAUUAUAAAAUGUGACAAGUCGGGCAGUCCUAAAUAUAGAAAAUAAAAUGAUAUUUUCGAAAUAUAGUUGAUUCUGCAAUUGUGAAUAAAAUACAAGCAUAGUGAAA